AUGGCAGCAGGAAGCCAACGAGCUGUCGCAUACCAUUCUGGCAAUAUCUUCACGGCAAGCGAUCAUGGGGCCCGCGCCGAGGCAUUCAUAGUCUCAGCAAGUGGUGAAUUUGCAGCAGUGGGAACCAACGAUGACAUUCUAGACAUGGCACACCGCGAGAAACUUCCCACGUUCGAUCUGCAGUCGCGAUUUGUGAUGCCCGGUAUUCACGAUGCACAUGUCCAUAUUCUGGUCGCAGGUCUCUCACGUCUCUCUAAUGUGAAGCCCGGGCUGGAUGCGACCGUGUCCAACAUCGCUGAAAGGCUCAAGUCGCCGUCAUGCGCCUGUGAACACGCACACGCAUACGGCGACUGGAUAGUCGGGGACAUUUAUCACAUUGAGAAUUUCGAUCGAGAAGCGCUGGAUCAUGAAUUCCCCGAGACGCCAGUGCUGUUGCGAGGAGGGGGAGGCCACGCGAUGUUCCUUAAUACCGCUGCUUUGAAAAGGUCGGGUUACAGUCUCACAGAACCUGAUGCACCACACAGCAAGUAUUUCCGACGGCCGGAUGGGACUUUGACUGGUGAAGUGACCGAGCUGGCCAUGACGAAGGCUGCGCUGGCAUUUCCAAGGCCAGAGAUGGCACAUAUCAAACGAAGUAUUCUCCAUGCAGUGAAACUGCUUCACUCGGUCGGGGUAACUAGCUUUCAAGAAGCAGCUUCAAAUACACUCAUCCUCAAAGCACUCGGGGAGCUGGAUGCUGCUGGGGAACUGAAGAUGGACGUGCAAACGCACAUCGUGUAUAAGCCGGAGCAGUUGGCCGAAGAAAGCUUCGAAACCCUGCACGAAACACUUGAUCAGGCGGAAGAAUUUCAGUCACAGCAUAUACAGACCAAUUUUGUCAAAUUCAUGUUGGAUGGCCUCCCGCUUCACCCCUACUACACGCAUGCAGGCCUCACAGAGUCCGGAGAAAUCGACGAGAGCAAGAUACAGAUCGACGACCUGGCCGAAGCUGUUUCAAAGAUGGACGCGAGAGGAAUGACGUGUAAGAUUCACUGCACAGGAUUUGGCAGCACCCGGCGAGCCCUGGAUGUAUACGAAGCUGUGAGGAAGAGUAACAGUCACGGACCCAGGCAUGAAAUUGCACAUUGCAGCGGAGUGCAUGAUGAUGAUUAUCCACGCUUCCAGCAGCUGAACGUCACGGCCGAGAUGUCUCCAUCCAUGUUUUUCGUCCAUCCGCUCACGGCUAUGUCCGGUGGCCUGAUGGACUGGGACUGGGGCAAGAUGAUCAGAAGCGGAGCUCAUCUGACGGUCGGAAGCGAUUGGACUUUCCAAGACCCGGCGGUCCUGCCUGCAUGUGCUCUCAUUAUGGACAGUGUCGGUGCUGCGCUACCAGCACAGAACGCGGGACCGAGUACAGCUGCCGAGCUUAUCUGCAAGAUGCUGACCGUGGCGGGUGCAGUGGCGACUGGGCGAGAGAACAUGUCUGGGACCAUUGAGGUUGGAAAGAAAGCCAACUUCAUCAUGGUUGACCGUGAUUUGAGCAAGGGUGAAUUUGAGGGCGCUCAGGUCUUGUCCACUUGGUUUGAAGGGGAGAGAGUCUAUGAGUCCCCUUGA